AUGGAUUUAUUACAAUUGAUAGGUGAAGAUAGAUUGCCGUCGACGUUCGAGAGUUCAAGUUGUGAAUUGGGACGUUUGCGAGACACUGGCUCUCAUCCCCAAUACUCAGGGACACCAAACACCAGCCUGAAUCGACGAUACGUGAACCAGACCUCCUCCACAACCUAUAUUAUUUGCUCCAUGUACACGUGUGUGCAGAAAGGCACGCGCAGAAUGGCGAUACUAUUGGAAGCUCAGCUAUUGGAUCAUAACCUGUGGGCAGUUUGCACGACUGACAGGAAUCAAUCCCUUCAAGCUGAAUGUCAUCAUUUUCAUUAUGAAAAGCAUCCCUACAGUCCAGUUAAAGCCGUGAUUUACAUACUCUGGCUCAGCCAACUGUGUGGCUGCCUCGAGGCUCUCAUGAACUUGCAGUCUACCGAAUCCCUACGCGACCUUUCUCAUCGGACAAUGGGGAGACAAGGGUCACAGCUGUCUCUCAAUCGCACUUCUGUUGCUUUACAUCAUCCAAAGUUAACGCUGAUCACUCAUUCUACUCGGAGAGGUCCAUGA